AUGGCGGCGGAAUGGGAACAGAUCCUUGGCAUCGUUUCGGCGCUGGAGAUUAUCGACAGCGCCUACAUCGCUGACGCCGCGAUCGGCUCGGCGAAGAUCGCGAAUCUUGCUGUGGUAUCGGCGAAGAUCGGCGACCUUCAGGUCGAGACGAUCAAGAUCGCCAAUCAGGCC